UAGAGCGGAAGUGUUGCUGUUUCAGUGUCCUACCUCUGUCAUGCCGGCCGCAGCUCCUGGUGUCUCUGUUCAAUGGCGCAGCCUUUCUCUCUGGCUGUUCGCAUUGCUUCAGAUUUGCUUCUCGGAUCUGGACGUGUUGAGUCCAGGCUCUGGCGGCGAUAAGUUCAAGGUGGAGGGCAGGGCUGUGGUUCCCGGGGUGAGGCCGCAGGACUGGGCGAGCAGUGCCCGGGUGUUAGUGGAUGGCGAAGAACACGUCGGCUUUCUACGGACUGAUGGCAGUUUUGUUGUUCACGAUGUACCUUCUGGCUCAUAUGUGGUAGAAGUUCUUUCUCCAGCUCAUCGUUUUGAGCCUGUUAGAGUGGACAUCACAUCCAAGGGAAAAAUGAGGGCCAGAUACGUUAAUCACAUCAAAACCUCAGAAGUUGUCCGGCUGCCUUACCCUCUCCAAAUGAAAUCUUUCGGUCCUCCGUCUUAUUUUAUUAAGAGGGAGACCUGGGGUUGGACUGAUUUUCUAAUGAACCCAAUGGUAAUGAUGAUGGUUUUACCACUGUUAAUCUUUGUUCUGCUGCCCAAAGUUGUGAACACCAGUGACCCUGAAAUGAGAAGGGAAAUGGAGCAAUCUAUGAAUAUGCUCAACACCAACCCAGAACUGCCUGACGUUUCAGAAUUCAUGACCAGACUUUUCACCUCAAAAUCAUCAAGCAAGUCCAGUGGGAGUGGGAAAGCUGGAAAGAGUGGUGUUGGGAAGAGGAGGUAGUUGCCUGCCCACAGGUUGCUCUCAGUCAGUCAUACCCAAUGCAAACGUGAUCUUGCUAAUGGGAAUAAAUAAUGGCCUUUAGUCUAGUGGCUUCCACCCAACUAGUACAUUGUGGUCUUCAUGAAAUCCUGGGGUAGUUUUUAUAUUUAUUAAUCUUCCUCCCUGUGCACCUCCAUUUUUGUUAUUCUCAGUUUGGGGUCCUUCAAUAAAGGCUUACUUCACCCAUAACAUGGUUUUAAGAUGUAGAUCUUCUGCCUGUCAUACAUAGCCAGCCUCAGCCAUUCACAUUCUUUUCAUUAUUAUUGUUACAUCACCCCAUCUGUCACUUGGGAAUAAGCAGGUCUCUCUACAGUAAAUAUAUCUUUGAUUAGUAUUUGUCUAAACACAGCCCUGGGUUGUUCACUUUCCUUUUGCCGGGAUCUUAUUUGCUUUGUGUUUGCUGUUGCAUUUCACCUGCUUCUACUUGAUGUUUUUAAACUAACAUCAUUCUAACUUGAUGCUUAAACAUGUGUUCCAGUCAUAAAACAGCUGUACUGUAAAUACUGUAGUUGAAUGUGAUGACAGUUGCACUGGCCAGUAAGUAUCCUCCUCCAAUUUGUUAUUGGCUUAAGGUUACUUGGGUGUUGUACUUUACAAUUCCUAGCUGGCUCUGACAUGGACUUCUUUUCCAAUAUAAACAUCGCAAAAUGCUGCAAGACUUUGGGAUGAAAUUAAGCUGUAGGGCUGGGGAAACACUGGAACAUGGAAAAAAUUCUAAUUUUAAGUGUGUUUAAAGCUGCCACCUAUUCUUUAAUGACAAGCUAAAGAGAAGUCAGGUUAUCACAAUUGAUGGUUUUAAAUGAAAUUCCACAGUUGGAAGAGCUCUCAUUUAGGCGCUACAUUAAAUUAAAGUAAUUGGUGUUUACUGUAUGUAAUAAAAGGCAUUGUUUCCCCAGUAGCAGUAACCCAUAGCAACCAAUCAGCAGGUAGAAUUUAUCGGUCUCCUGUUUAAAAGCAAGCAUCUUGGUUGCUAUGGGAUACUGCCCUUGGGCAAAGGUAGUGCCUUUUAUUACAUAUGGGGUUUGUCUGAUAUCUAAUGAAUCUACACUGCAAAUCACAUUGUGUUGUAUUUAUAGUUAUGUACAUAUUUCUCCAUGUGUCACUUUAUGUUCACUGCUGUGUUGCUUUCAUUUACUGGUUAGUUUCUGUACUGCUGUGUGAUGUUCAGCCCAACAGCAGAAAUCUUUGCAGGCAUUUUCACUAAUUUGCUAAAACCUGUGCCCCAAGGUUAAUAAGCUGUAUAGUCACAAAUGCCAUAUUUCAUGGAGGUGUUGAGCGCUUGGCAUAGGUGCGUGAGUAGCGAAGACCUUUGGGAUUAGUUUUGCACAGAGAUUAUCCUGGAGGUUGUGAACAUGAGAAAUCACUGCCUAAUCAUCUAUUCAGCCGUAGUUCAUAUAGUGCACAGCUAUUCAUCCCAAAUGUCACCUAGCUGACCUCCAAACAGGGUUUCCAAAAUUUUCCAGAACUAAUCAAAAGCAUUCACCACAAAUAUUAUCCUAGUGGAUAUUUAGGCUGGGCCUCCUAAAGGCACCAAUCCUAAGCUUUGGGAACCACUAGUUUUAGUAAGUUGGCUACACCAGGAACCUAAAUCAUUUCUGUGUCAGGUUCCACUUCACUGUGUUCCAAAACCAUCUACAGAAAUAGAGGGGCAAGUUAGAUGGACAUGAUAGAGCGUAGCAUAUCUAUCAUACCCAUGUCACAAAUGGUUUCUUGCUGUAUUAUGUUGCAAUUUGCAAUGUUCUGGGUCCCAUCCAGAUACAAAAUGUUCACAGAGGUAAUAGUCUUACUGCUUAGUUAAGAGCCAUUCUGAGGGUGCGUGUGUUACUGAAUGUUGCUUGUGAUUGGCUGAGUAGCCCAGAGCUGCAUCAGAGGGUUAUUACUGUCCCAUUCUUUGUGUGUUAGUCUGUGUGAGUGUGUGGUUCUUGAAAAACAAUGCUAAACUGUUUGUUGUAAAUGGAUGUUAAAUUAAUUAAAGUAAAAUCUUAGUAAA